AUGGUCCGUCACAAGAAGGAUUUCAAGGGAGGAAGAGGCGGCAAGAAUCACGGACCUCCGAGAGGACCCCCAAGAAGGCCCCGCGGCGACGGCGACGACGAUGAAGACAACUCUCAGGGCAGCAGCCGCCCUUCCUACAAGGCCGCAUGCUGGGACUUGAACCACUGCGACCCGAAGCGAUGUUCCGGCAAGAAGCUGAUCAAGAUGGGCAUGAUGCGCGAUCUCCACGUUGGCCAGCGGCACAACGGCGUCAUCAUUACGCCCAACGGCAAGCACACCAUCUCCCCUGCCGACCGGGAGCUCAUGGAACAGUAUGGCGCGGCCGUCGUCGAGUGCUCGUGGGCGCGGACGCAAGAGAUCAACUGGAGCAAGGUCGGCGGCAAGUGCGAGAGACUUCUCCCCUACCUGGUGGCGGCCAACACGGUCAACUACGGCAAGCCUUGGAGGCUGAAUUGUGUGGAAGCACUGGCGGCCGCGUUUGCCAUCUGCGGGCAUUUGGAAUGGGCCGAGGAGAUUCUGUCGCCCUUUAGCUACGGCCAAUCUUUUCUCGAUAUCAACUCCACCAUCCUACGAAAGUAUGCCGCCUGUGCUGAUGAGGCCGAGAUCAAGAAGACCGAGGCUGAAUGGAUGGAGCGCUUGGAGAGGGAGUAUGCCGAGAGCAGGCUAGAGGGCGAUGACGACGAUUUGUGGAAAGGUGGCAACUCGAAUCACAGGAUAGCAGUGCCGUCAGACAGCGAGGACGACGACGAGGACGAGAGUGGUGAUGAAGAUGACGAAGCGCGUUCGGACGGUGAGGAUGGUGUCGACGGGAUAUAUCUUGGCAAGAAGCCCACAGCACAGUGGCCCAAGAUUGGAGAGGGAUCGGAAAAAGCUGAAAAGAAGGACAAGGACCCCUUUGAUAUUUCCGAUGACAGCGACGAUGAUGCCGAGAUGGAAGAAAUCCGACGCAAGGUCCUGGCAUCAAAAACUUUUGCCAACACAGAUAAUGCAGAGCAGAAAAAGAAGCCGGAAACGAUAUCGCGGCCACAGCCUGAUCGAUACAAGGUAGACUCGGAUGCCGCGCCGGACUCUGACAAUGGCGAAGACGAUGAUGAAUUUGACAAUAUCAUCGACGCUGUGCCCGUGACGGACAGGGUAGGCUUGUGCAAACUGGAAAAGGAGAGAGCCAAGGCACACACGACUAGUCACACCUUCAUGUCGGGCGGUGUCUCGGCACCCAAACGUUGGUAA